AACGCUCCAGGAUAUAAGAACAACAGUGAACACUUUGACUCACCACAGUUUUUUUUCCAAAUGAACUAUCAUCAAGUUCAAGGACAUAUAUAUAUACAUAUACUAAAAGAGAAAUAUCGAAAGACAUCGGCUUCCUAACAAUAGAAAAAGAGUCCUUCUAUACGAGAAAUAGAAACAUUGACAACAAAUUUGGUCCAUCCCAGUUUGCCAAAAGGAAGUGGUCCUAAAGGAUUUUUUCAGGGGGGUGAGAAACAGUGGGGAACAGACUAACCUACAAUGAUCCCUUUGAAUUCAAUAAUCUUUUUAAAUGCCACUAUUGUGCAUCCUGAGUUCUUUUUCAUAAGUGGGUUUUCCGGUAUUCCCCACACAAAAUACUUCUACAUAUUCUUGUGCUUUGUUUAUACUCUGUCUGUACUGGGAAACACUUUUGUCAUGUUUGUGAUUUACGCUGACCACUGUCUUCACAGUCCAAAAUACAUUGCAGUGUUUAAUUUGGCUGUGUCUGACUUGUGUGUAAGCACUGCACUUGUUCCUCCACUGAUUGACACCUUCCUGUUUAAAUCGCAGUUAAUCUCUUAUGAGGCCUGCUUGACUAAUAUGUUCUUUUUUUUUGCAUUUCUCACUAUGCAGUCUUUCACUCUCACUGUUAUGUCCUAUGAUAGAUGUGUCGCUAUAUGCUUUCCACUGAGAUACAAAGAGAUUGUGACUAAUAAAUCGAUGUUGGUGAUCACAGCUAUAACAUGGAUUAUUGCAGGACUGGCUAAUGUCAUAGCUGUGCUUUUUAUCAGCAGACUGUCAUUCUGCAAAUCCAUUGUGAUAAACAGUUAUUUCUGUGAUCACGGACCCACGUUCCGUUUGGCAUGCAAUGACAACACUCCAAGUAAUGUGAUUGGCCUGUCAUCUCCUGUUCUCGUUUUUUGGCUUCCAUUACUUUUUAUCAUAGGCACCUACAUUUCUAUAGCCAGAGCGUUAUUUAAAAUUGCUGCAGCCUCAGAGCGCCUCAAAGCCAUGAAAACCUGCACCUCUCAUUUGAUCUUGGUGGGUAUGUUUUAUCUUCCUGUAUGUGUCACCUAUGGAGCAAUCGGACCCACCAUUCACCAGAACAUCAGGAUCAUUAAUACAUCUCUGGCGACCAUUUUGCCUCCUAUGCUGAAUCCAAUCAUUUACUCACUAAAGACAGACGAAUUCACGGAAUGCAUUAAAAAGCUGUACAGAAGAAACAAGAUACACAUCCCUGUAUGGAAUAAAUGAAUAAAUGUUUUAUUCGCAAAUGAUUCAGUGGCAAGUUUAACCAUAAUAAUUUUUCCAAAUCCUUCAAUUUACUGUGAACCGUAAGAGCGA